AUGUCUUUACGUUUAACUCAGCGGUUAAUACAGAGCCAAGUGCCUUUUUUGACCCGUGGAUAUCCUUUACUGGUAACAAAAGAAAAGGGCGAAGACGUAGCUCACACUAAGUCGGCUCUUCAAAAAAAAUGGACGGGUGUUGAUAUACCUUCGGCUCAAUAUGGUGGUCGUCACGCAGUCACAAUGUUGCCUGGCGGUGGUAUUGGUCCAGAACUUAUGCAUUACGUUCGCGAAAUCUUUCGCUUUGUUGGUGCUCCUGUUGAUUUCGAAACUAUAGAAAUCGACCCAUCAACUGAGGGCAAUGACGAUUUGGAUUAUGCCAUAACUUCCAUUAAGCGUAACGGUGUAGCUAUUAAGGGUAAUAUUGAGACCAAGUCGCAGGGAUUGGAUGAAGUCUCACGAAAUGUAGCUAUUCGUAAUGAACUUGACUUAUUUGUAAAUGUUGUACAUUGCCGCUCAUAUCCCGGUAUUCCCUCACGUCACAAGAACAUUGAUGUGGUUUUAAUUCGACAAAACACAGACGGCGAAUAUGCCAUGUUGGAGCAUGAAUCUGUACGCGGUGUAGUUGAAAGCAUGAAAGUGGUGACAGUUGAGAACGCUGAGCGUGUGGCACGGUAUGCGUUCGAAUAUGCUCGUCAGAACAACCGCAAAAAGGUUACCACAAUACAUAAAGCCAAUAUUAUGAAACUGUCUGAUGGUCUGUUCCUGGAUGUUGCCAAGGCUGUGCAUAAAGAAUACCCUGAAAUUGAGCAUAAUAAUAUGAUUAUUGAUAAUACAUGCAUGCAAUUGGUUUCCAACCCACACCAGUUUGACGUUAUGAACAUGACUAAUCUAUAUGGCACCAUCGUUUCCAAUGUCAUUUGCGGUUUGAUCGGUGGCGCUGGUCUUCUUUCUGGUGCCAAUUAUGGCGAUCACUUCGCCAUCUUUGAACCCGGAACUCGUAACACUGGUACAGCUAUUGCCGGAAAAAAUAUUGCCAAUCCAGUGGCAAUGAUCAGUGCAAGCACAGAUAUGUUGAAUCAUUUAGGUCACAAGGAUCAUGCACGUGCAAUUAAUGAGGCCAUCUAUGAAACAGUGGUUAAUGAUGGGAUUCGAACACCAGAUGUGGGUGGGUCUGCUUCCAGCACAGACGUAGUGGAAAAUAUUCUUAAGAUCUUAUCAAAGAAACGUGUGAAUUGGCCCCAAGGACAAUACCGCGAUUAAGUAAAGAAAAUUCAAAUUAGUUUAAGUUAGUUCAUACUGCAAAAAAAACUACCAAUUGCGGCCUGUUGACACUUUUUGUCUGCAGUUUAUAUGUACUACGUAUUAUGUAUAUUUAUGUUUAAAGACUUUAAGCUGCAAUUAUUGAAAUUUAUUAGAAGAUAAAAGAUAUUCGCCAGCAUUCAACCCAAUGCGACUAAGCUAAUUGGUAUUUAAUCCAAAAUUUGGUGUAAAAAAAAAAAACAUAAAUCAAAAUUCAAAUCAGACGCCUACGCCCAGCUGUAAUAAUUGCAAUGUUUUGUUAAGUCUGCCCGCUUCGAUCUUUAAACCUUAGCCCGAUUGUAUGCUACUAAUGGUAAACCGUGUCACCAUCGCCUAUGUUAUUCCCUGUGUUACGUGUCAGGGAUUAAUACUCACGAACAGAUUAAUGGAAACAGCUUGGAGGGAAUUUGACGCGAAAAUCUUCACACAAUAGAGGAAGCAUUGAACUUGUAUAAUAUAUAUAAUGUAAAGUUGUUUGUCAUCUCUUAAUUUUAAAAUUGUAGUAGAAUUUUCAAUUUCGCUGAUUGUGAUUAAAUGCGAAUGAUACUAUUCCCAAUAUUCUUACGAAUACAUUGAAACAAAUUUUACUAUAAAAACUAUUGUUUGAAAAAAGUCUAUAUUGACCAAAGGCAUGUAAAAAUCUCAUAAUAAUGUGUUAAAGAUUCUUCGCAUCAAUAAAGUUUGUAAACCAAAAGGAAA